UAUGUAUGCUGGCACAAUUGUGUCUGGAUAAACUAAAUAUAAUUUGAUAAAAAGCUGCCACCACUAAAUUAAAACAUUCAAUCCACAAUUUGCUCAGUGCUGUCAUAAAGUUCUACAUACGUGAUUAAAAACAUAUAUGUUUGCAAUGGACGACACGGACAAAUCGCAACAAAAUAUGAUAUCGAACCUACCUCUUUUGUUUGCAAAUGGGUAUCCAACUUCCUUAGACAAGAUUACCGAGUCUCAGUUGGAAAAUUUCAUACCAUUUAUGGUUCAAUGCUCUUUGGGACAUAUUAAUUUGCCGAAGAAAAUAGACUGCAGCGAGCCGGAAUGGUGGCCAGAAAAUGCGCCGUUUGGAAUACCACUCAAAAAGCCGAAAAACUUUUACGGGAAUUGGAUAGAGAAAAUGAAGGAAAUUGUUGUGAUUUGUUAUCAGUUUCACAAAAGCCUAUUUUUAUUACGUUUCUGUAAUGAUUUGGCCGCGUACGAGCAUGCCAGCUUGAGGUUCAUUAACAACUACAACUCAACUACAUCGCUUUAUGAUAGACGCAAUAAUAAACUGCUCGUAACGUUUCGCAAUGAGAACAUGUCUUAUGAUCGAAUGCUAAAGGGUAGAAAAUGCUUAUUACUUCAUAAAAGUAAAAACGAUAUUCAUGAUGACAACACACAAUACAUGAUGGUCGAACCUGCUCCGUUCGAUAUUUAUCUAUGCGAUAACUGUGAUGCUGAACUAUACUCCAAGGAAGCUAUUCUGGAACAUGAAAAAAUCUGUAAUAUAGAGGACGAUGUCAUAUUAUGUGACUCUCCGGAACCAGAAAGAAAACUUGAAAGUAAAAAUGAGAAUACAGAAUUAAGGAAUGCAUUUCUGCUUAAUUUUGCUCUUCAAUCAAAAGAAUCCGAUCAUAAUUUUGUAAAACAAAAACAAGGAGGAGCAAGCUCAUGCAAUGAAGAAAUGGUUGUGGUAACAACAAGCAAAAAUAAACGCAUAUCAGCACGAAGGAAUCGAGCUGUGCCUUCCCUCAAUCGAUGUGCAUUUAUCCCAAUAUCGUCUCCAGCUGGACAAAAAUUACUGAAGACAAUGAAACAGACAAUAUCGCUAGAGUAUGUGUCUGAGCGACAAGAGCGUUUGGAUCGUUUUUGCUACACGCCGUUAGUUGUAAAUAAUAAGAAUAACUGCAAAUAUGGGAAACCAUUUGAGAAGAAGCCAACGCCAAGUAAUGUGCACAUUACAUUCAAGAAAUUGCAUGAGAAUAGCGCGCACAUUUAUGCAUUUCCCCGUCGACAGUUUCAGCAACGGCGAGAUACUACGCAAAACUUCUUGUUUCUCAAUUCGCCGCUGAUCAAGCAGUGCCGUCCAAUCUCGGUUCGAUUAAAAAAGUUGGGCGAGAACAUUGGUGAGCAAUUACUACCUGGAACUGUAACGAACACAAAACUUAAUAUUAGAUUAACACGCGAUACUUCACUGAAUUCCCAAUGGCGAAUUUCGCCAACAAGCGAAGUUCUUGUCGAUACGAUUGAUUUGUGUUCCUCGGACGAAGAUGAUCAAUGUGAUCAAAUGGCACCACCCAAAAUCCUCAAUUCGUAUGCAAUAAUUUCUGUGUCGCAUAAGAAAGAUAUCGCUGCCAGCCAACAACAUAAUCAUCAAUUGAUGGAAAACGCUGAAUGCACAACCCUAUCCAGUUAUGCGCAAACAAUAGAUGACAACUCGCUGAAACCGCUGCAACAAUCGGUCUACAUAUUCUCAAAUUAUAAGACUAAUUCUGUACUGAACAGAUUUAGUCUUGAACCGAAACAAAAUGGUUCGGAUAAAAUUAAUCAAACAUCAAACACAUUUGCGCAAUCCCAAAACCAGGAGAAUUGCAAUUUGCCCAAGAAAGUGGUGGCCGUUUCGGACUGGUGUGCCGCCCAUCCAACGAGUACUGAGAAAAAAGACAUCAAUCAAAUAAUUUCCAUUGAUUUAACAACAUAAUUGAUAUAACCGGCUAGCAUUGAUUAAUUAAUUAAAAUAAACUAUUGUUAUUUUUUACAAUAAACUUCUUAAUUUAUAUUGUGUACAAUUAUUUGAA